GGCACCCAGUGGGCUUAUAGUCAUAAUGGUGUUCCGCGUACAUCGGUGGUACUAUGGUCAAACCGGUCCUAUUCGUUUCAAGCUAUACAACGGCAUAUCAAAGUAGCGCCGAAAGGGGGCUCCACGUGUUUCGCGGAAGUCGUCGGAGCAUUGGCAUAAACCUUUGCGAACCACUGGAGUGCGACGGAGCAGAAGUUAUAAUAGCCAUCGGCACGGAGAAGUUUGUGAUUCAUAAUAAGGUCGCAGGAACUACGUUCGAUGCAUCGAAGGCAUUAGACAGGGGUUAACAAUCUUAGGGGUGUGCCGUUACAAAUGCAGGGAACGCCAAGCUUGCAUCGGGUCCAAAAUUCUUUCGAGCAC